UCGAUUCUCCCCCCCCAACCCCCAACCCCUAUUCUGUGGCUUCAGGUCCCCAGUAGCAAGUGUGCCUUUAUCUCCUGGGGUGGGGGUGGGGGAGUGCCAGUUCUCCGGCGAGGGUGGAGUGUCAGGAGGCACAAAGUUAGGAGCCGCCCCUUAAACGUGUCCAGCUGUCGCCCGACCCUUCAUUCUGUUUUCCGGAUGGAGAGACGGCGCUGGGAGAAAGUUUUCAAGCAGCAUUAGGUGGGAAUAGGUGAUGGAGUCGGAGCUCUGGACAGCUGGUGUUGCUGGAAAGACUUCGGAUGCCCGAGCACUUGUUGCCGUCAGUACACGAUUAGGAGCAUGGACAUCUUGUUGGCUUUUUAAUUCGUAGGGAACUGGAGCCCUUCAAAGCCAAUUCAUUGAUCCAGGAAAAAAAGACUGGCGUGAUGGUAGUGGCCAAGGAGAGAUCCAGAGAAAAGAAUCUAGACCAUGGCCGAGUCCAGGGACUCUGACUGGUUGUAAUUAAGUAAAUGAGGAGAGUUGAAUCCGUUCCCACGCUGCGCCAGGGGACUGUCUCUCCUAAGGGGUUUCCAAGCACUGCAAAGGCGUUAACCCUGUCUACACGCUGGAGCAGCUAAAACCGCAUCUCUCCACUAGCCACCUUGUCAUAAAUUGACUAAAGGAUUCCCGCCACUAAAUCAAAGGCGAACCCGCCCCCCCCCCUUUACUACUUUUCAAUGUCCCCCGCCCGCUCCUCUUCCCUCACCCUUCUUCAUUUCCCUAGUGACGCUGACUCGUAGCUGUCCGGCAGUCUAACCUGGACCCACGGAACUGAGAAGCCAGUCCUCUUGGGAAUUCUACACUCCUCUCCACAGACAGCCUAGGGGAGGCGAGGGGGCACCUCUCUCUCUCUCUCUCUCUCUCUCUCUCUCUCUCUCUCUCUCUCUCUCUCUCUCUCUCUCUCUCUCUCUCUCAUUCCUUAUUCCCCACAGGUCUCUGAUCCCCACCACUGGAGAGGUGACCAGGCUUCAGGAUGCAGCUGUGCAAAGGCCGGAUGCUGGGCAUUUCAGUGGCCAUCGCCCAUGGGUUCUUCUCCGGCUCCCUCAACAUCCUGCUCAAGUUCCUCAUCAGCCGCUAUCACUUCGCCUUCCUGACCCUGGUGCAGUGCAUGACCAGCUCCACUGCUGCCCUCAGCUUGGAGCUGCUGCGGCGCCUGGGACUUGUCUCUGUGCCUCCCUUCAGCCUAAGCCUGGCGCGCCCCUUCGCCGGGGUCACAGUGCUAUCCACGCUGCAGUCCAGCCUCACCCUCUGGUCCCUUCGGGGGCUCAGUUUGCCUAUGUAUGUGGUCUUCAAACGCUGCCUGCCCCUGGUCACUAUGCUCAUCGGUGUCCUGGUGCUCAAGAACGGGGCGCCCUCGCCCGGGGUCCUAGUGGCUGUACUCAUCACCACAUGCGGGGCAGCCCUGGCAGGAGCUGGUGAUCUAACUGGGGACCCCAUUGGGUACGUGACAGGUGUCCUGGCAGUAUUAGUCCAUGCUGCUUAUCUUGUGCUUAUUCAGAAGACCAGUGCAGACUCUGAACAUGGAGCCCUCACAGCCCAGUAUGCCAUUGCUGUCUCUGCCACUCCUCUACUCAUCAUUUGCUCCUUUGCCAGCAUGGACUCUAUCAAUGCUUGGGCCUUCCCAGGAUGGAAAGAUCCAGCCAUGGUGUGCAUCUUUGUAGCUUGCAUCUUGAUUGGCUGUGCCAUGAACUUUACUACACUCCAUUGUACUUAUAUUAACUCUGCUGUGACCACUAGUUUUGUUGGAGUGGUGAAAAGUAUAGCCACCAUCACAGUGGGUAUGGUGGCCUUCAGUGAUGUGGAGCCUACUUCUCUGUUCAUAGCAGGUGUGGUGGUGAACACUUUUGGCUCUCUAAUUUAUUGUGUGGCCAAAUUCAUUGAGACCAGAAAACAAAGCAGUUAUGAGGACCUGGAGAAAGACCAGAGGGAAGAUAUGCUGGAGACAAAUGGAGCUCAACCGCCAUUUAUUAUGGAGGCCUUGCCCAUGGAGAAAGGAAACAGGGAAAUGGGAGAUGAAGAGACAGCCAGUGGGAUCUCUCAGCCCUGUAUGGACAAGUCUAAACAUGGUGCUGUGGAAACAGCACUGGGCUCUGGCAGCAGCGAUGAAGCAGAAGGAGUUAACAAGAACUCAUUAAAGGAUACUUAUCUUGGAGUGUGGAGAUUGGUUAGAGGGACUAAAUAUAGGAAGAAAGAUUAUUUGCUAGAAAAUGAGGAACUAUCCAGUCCCUGAAAAGGAAAUGUAUGUAUAUAAUAAUAGCUAUUAUUAUAUAUGUAUACAAUGUACAUAUAUACAUACAUACAAACAUUUAUUUAUGUAUAUGUUUUAAUAAGGAAGACUAUAUAUUUUAUUCCUAUUUGGGGAUAGGGAUUAUACAGAAGAGGUUGGGAGGGAUUGCUACAAUAUGAGAAAAAUAACCCCUAUCUAUAUUAUCUUCCUUGAGAUUAAAGGGUGUGAAACUGAUUAAGAAAAUAAGGCAGUUGCUUUGUUUUCAGAUUCCUGACAAUUAAUAUUUUUUCUUCUUUGCAUCUCUCCCCACCCUACAUCUGUAUUUAUUUUCUUUUGUGUAGAGUCCAGAAAUGAUAUACUUCAAAGGCCUAGAGAGUCAUAGAUAACAGUUCUAUUAAAGAGGGACCUACAGUCUUGCUAAACUGAUAGAAAUGGGGGAAAUGGUAAAAAUAAAAAAAAGGUAAUCACUCUAGGAAGGCUGUAAUUUGAUAGACUCUAUUUAUGGAUAUCUUAAAAUUUCAUGCUUACUUUUUUGCCUUUCUUUACUCCUUUUUUUAAUAUAAAUGAUCUACUAGCUCUUUGUAUAGAAAGUAAAAGCUUUUUUGGAAAUACUGGUACCAAACUUUUAAAUGAGGAGUUUACAAUUCAUGAUUAGUAAAUGCGAAAUUAUUUUUUUAACAGAAAUCUAUUUAUGACCAUUGCCUGGUAAUGCUGAACCACUAACACCAAAUCCAUUUGAUAUUGUUUUCACUGUGUUUGAUAUUCUGUAGAGUGAACAUACUAGCUGGAAUAAACUUCAACAGUGACUGAAUCUCAGCCAGGCAGAGAGUAAAGGACAUUCUGGAAUACAGUCCUUUUACUCAUUUAAACCUAUGCCCUGAGGCAUCUACAACUGUAUUCAUAUCAGAAUGAUGUUUUUUCUAUAUCAAAUUUGAAGGAAAAAAAUCUCAAAACACAAGUACUGGUUUGUUGCUUUAAUUGUUGAAUUUUUAGAAACAUCUUUUUUUUUAGUGUUUGCUGUUCAAUGCUGCUAUGAUAGUUUUGUAUUUUUUUUUUGGUCUUUAUUAUAUGUGUAUGAACUGUCUAGUAUUUAUAUCAUUUUUGAUAAUUCCCAAAAAGAAAAUGGGAAUUUGGUCAAAGCAGCAUGAUUUUCCAGUGAAGGAGAAUGUUGUAAACUAACACAAAACUGUGCCUCCUCUUGAGGCACAUCCUACUGUACAUGGAAAUGGAAUAAUAAACAGUGCCAUGCUUUGCAAAAAUCUGUUUUUUUUUCCUUAUGGUGUCCAUCAUUUAAAUCAAACAAAAAUCAUUUUUAAACCUUUACUUAUUCAGCCAAAUAUUUAUUAAGUGUCUACUAUCUGCUAAGCAUUGUUCUAGAAAUAUAAAGACAAAAAGGAAAACAAGGCUUCCUCUCAAGGAGCCUAUGUUUUAAUGAGAGAAAGAACUCAUAAGGUGAUAGAUGAAUACAAAAUAGACACAAAGUAAUUUUGGGGACUAUUGAUACUAGGUAGGGAGAUCAGAAAAGGCCUUGUGUGUAAAAAGAUAAUAAAGCUGAGGCAGAGGUAUAGGAAAAUCUAGCUGAGCAGGGAGAACAUCUAUAUUCCAUGAAAAGCCCCCAAGAGUUGGGAACAGCAAGAAGUCUCGUUUGGCCAGAAUGUGAAAUAGGUCUGGAAGAACAGAAUGGAGUCAGAUUAAAAAGGGCUUUCAAUGACAGCCUGCAUAUUUUUCAUUUUAACCUAGAGGCAACAGGACCACUGAAGCUUUUGGAUCAGUGAAGUGAUAUGGUCAGAUCUGUACUUCAGGAAUAUUAAUUUGGCAGGACUGGUGAGGUUGAAUUGGAGAGAAGGAAAACUAUAUAUAUGAACUUUAAAUGACAGAUAGUUCCAAUCCUUUUGAGGCUUAGAGUCUAGCAGGUGAAUAUGAUGCAUACACAGGUAUUUUCCCACAAAACAAUAUUUUUCUGCCAACAAAGGGAUAUGGAAAGUCUGAGUGGGUGUCAAUCCUGAAAGAACUGAUCACAGAACAUGUGUGUUGGAUUGCCAUUUACAAUAUAACUGCUCCCAUGUUGUUCACUGAAUUAUACAAUCAGAGAGUUAUGAGAGGUCAUCCAGUUCAAUCCUUUCAUUUUACUUUAUUUUAAUAAAUUUAUUGAUGUCUU